AUGGGGGGGGGCAAUGAUACGGGAAAUGAUGAUGCCAUCGGAGGGAAUGUGAGCAAAUAUAUAGUGCUUCCAGCUGGAUACUGUGGACAGCCCAAGAAAGGACAUCUUAUCUUUGAUGCUUGCUUUGAAAGUGGUAACCUUGGACGGGUGGACCAGGUCUCUGAGUUUGAGUAUGACUUAUUCAUUAGGCCGGAUACCUGUAAUCCACGCUUCCGAGUCUGGUUCAACUUUACUGUUGAAAACGUGAAAGAAUCACAGAGAGUUAUUUUCAACAUCGUUAACUUCAGCAAAACUAAAAGUCUUUAUAGAGAUGGGAUGGCCCCUAUGGUGAAAUCUACCAGCAGACCAAAAUGGCAAAGACUGCCACCUAAAAAUGUUUACUACUACCGCUGCCCAGACCAUAGGAAGAAUUAUGUGAUGUCCUUUGCAUUUUGUUUUGACCGAGAAGAAGAUAUUUACCAAUUUGCUUACUGCUACCCAUAUACGUACACUCGCUUUCAGCAUUACCUUGACAGCCUGCAAAAGAGAAACAUGGAUUACUUCUUCCGAGAGCAGCUGGGUCAGAGCGUGCAACAGCGGCAGCUUGACCUCCUGACGAUAACCAGCCCCGAUAACCUUCGGGAGGGGGCAGAGCAGAAGGUGGUAUUCAUCACAGGACGAGUCCACCCAGGGGAAACACCCUCUUCAUUUGUGUGUCAAGGGAUCAUUGACUUCCUCAUAAGCCAGCACCCUAUUGCUCGUGUCCUACGGGAACACCUGGUCUUCAAGAUUGCACCCAUGCUCAACCCUGAUGGUGUCUACCUGGGCAAUUACAGGUGCUCUCUGAUGGGGUUUGACCUGAACCGUCACUGGCUGGAUCCCUCUCCAUGGGCCCACCCCACCCUGCAUGGGGUGAAACAGCUCAUCAUCCAGAUGUACAACGACCCAAAAACAAGCCUGGAGUUUUACAUUGACAUCCACGCCCACUCCACCAUGAUGAAUGGCUUCAUGUACGGCAACAUCUUUGAGGAUGAGGAGCGGUUCCAGAGGCAGGCCGUCUUCCCCAAACUCCUCUGCCACAAUGCCGAGGACUUCUCCUAUUCCAGCACGUCCUUUAACCGGGAUGCUGUGAAAGCAGGAACUGGCCGUCGCUUCCUCGGUGGGCUGCUGGACCACACUUCGUAUUGCUACACACUCGAGGUUUCCUUCUACAGCUACGUCAUCGGCGGUACCACGGCUGCUGUGCCCUACACAGAGGAAACCUAUAUGAAGCUGGGGCGGAACGUGGCGAGGACGUUUUUGGAUUAUUACCGGCUGAACCCCAUGGUCGAGAAAGUGGCCAUCCCUGUGCCCAGGCUGCGGAAAGAAAAACCCCCUCAACCCCCUCCCUACAAGCACCCACUCCUGCGGGGCCCGGCCAGCAACUACCCCAACGGCAAAGGGGGCAAGAAGAGCUCAGUGAACCACAAAGACCCUUCAAACUCUUUUUAA